GUCCAAACACCGAAGAGUCCGCCCCUCAGUUAUGCCCUCAAGUCUCGCCUAAACGAGGUCUCUGUGUUCCCGGAAUUUGUAACGGUCAUUUUUCCGGUCACUUUCUCUCAUCUAAAAUCAUAAUAAAACCGGAAAAUUGGUCUCAGUUGCUGGUUGAUAAACCUGCUCUCUAACUCAGCCUCGCUUGACCUUCUCAUAAACUAUAAUAUUCAGGUUUUAGCGCGGGUUUAUGGUGGAACAUUAUGAGAAUUAGGGUUCUUGAAGUGACUUUGAAGAAUGAAAUAUUAUCGACUGAAAUUUUUAUGUAAGCAAUGGUAACCGCUGUAUCAAAUACAUUUAACAACUCCAAAACAACAAGCCAAAAUCGUACAAGGAUACGUCUCUUAACUUCGGAGCCCGACAAUGCUCCUGCAAAUCGACGCCCCAAAUCACGUGAAGUCACUUCUCGUUUUCUUUCCUCCUCCUCGUCUUCGUCCUCUUCCACGUCAUCUAUGACAUCGAAACGUUGCCCAUCACCGUUAGUUUCAAGAACAAUUUCAUCAACAGCCAUGAUGACUCCUCCAGUUCCCUCAUCUCACUCCACAAUCAAACGUUCGCAAUCCGUGGAGCAGAGGCGGUCGGUAACUCCUCGUCCAAAUAGCAAUAAUUCUUCUUUAGAUUUGAGAAAGGGAGAAAUAUCCGCGGCUAAAAAAAUGUUGUUCACUUCGACGAGGAGUUUUUCGGUUUCUUUUCAAGGGGAGUCGGUUUCGCUUCAAGGAAGUCUAACUAAACCAGCACUGUCUCCAUCUCCAAUUAUUACCGUAAGGAAAGGCACACCAGAGAAAAGAAAAGCGAUUACGCCAGCGAGAGGAACCGUAGACCACACGGAGAAUUCGAAGCCGGAGCUUUGGCCUGGGAGAUUAAGGCGGCUGAAUUCCAUGAGUAGAAGCGUGGAUUAUACGGACGAGAAAAAGAAAUUGAGUGGUGGAUCUAGAGGUAAUGUAGUUAGGGUAAUACAGAACUCGAUGGUUGAUAAUAACAAUAACAGAGCCUUGUUUGAAACGAGAUUGAGCACUGAUUCGGCAAAUGCCUUGCUGGAGAGGAUACAAAUGCAGAAGAAGAAGGAAAACGUCGUUAACGAAUCUGAUGUUCGGUUUGAUCUUACAGUUUCUGACACCGAGAGUGUGUCUUCUGGCAGCAAUUCGGAAGCUCAUGAAAGUCACGGCGUCGUUAACCAAUGGCAGCGUGGUCCUCGUGGGAUUGCAGUGCCAGCCAGGUUCUGGCAUGAGACUAAUAAUAGAUUGCGGCGCCAAACUGACCCGGGUUCUCACGAAUCUAAGAAUAAUGGACUCAAAAACGCUUCUACAGCAAAGCUUGGUGUGACCAAGAAGUUUGGUAUUGAUAGUUCUGUGUCGUCUCCAAAAGGAGUUGUAAAUACCAAAGGACAGGUAUCGCCUAUUAGAGGUGCAAUUAGGCCUGCCUCCCCAGGUAAUCUAGCAACUUCUGCCACUUCUUCUCCUGUCCGGGGAGUGAGCCCUUCCAGGAUAAGGAAUCUAGUGGGGGUUGGAGUGAGUAGUAAUUUGAACAAUGUGAAUAACACACUGUCGAUUUUGAGUUUUGCUGCUGAUGUGAGAAGGGGGAAGAUUAGGGAAAAUGGAGUUGUAGAUGCACAUUUUCUGAGGUUGUUUUAUAAUCGGCUGUUGCAAUGGCGGUUUGUGAAUGCCAGAGCUGAUGCUGCUUUGUCAGCUCAAAGGUUCAACGCAGAGAGAAGCCUAUAUAACACAUGGAUAACUAUGUCAAAGCUGUGUGAAUCUGUUAAAGCUAAAAGAACCAAAUUACAGUUGCUGAGGCAAAAUUUGAAGUUAACAUCUAUCCUCAAGGGGCAGAUGAUGUAUUUGGAAGAAUCAUCGCAUAUGGAAUGGGAUUACUCCAAUUCAUUGUUGGCGGUUAUUGAAGCUUUGAGGGCCAGUACACUUUGCCUUCCUAUUGUUGGUGGGGCAAGGGCAGAUGUCCAAAAUGUGAAGGAUGCUAUUUCGUCAGCAGUUAAUGUAAUGCAGGCAAUGGCUUCCUCAAUAUGCUUAUUGUUAUCAAAGGCUGCAGAAGUUAAUUCUUUAGUGACUGAACUUUCCAAUGUAAGUGCAAAAGAACAUGCUUUGCUUGGUCACUGCAAUGAUCUCUUGUCUGCAAUUGCAGCCAUGCAGGUGAAGGAAUUUACUAUGAGAACACAUAUCUUACAACUCGAACAGCGUGUGCCUUCAAGCCUGACAACGAAAGUGUAAAUCUUACAUUACAUCAAUUCACUGUCUAUCCCUAAUACUAACGUGACUUAAAAAGCCCAUUUCUCCUCAAAAUUACAGAGCUGGAGCUAACAAGGUAUUAAGUGAUUGUGAUGACUUUUAAAAAGCGGAAGAGUGCUUAUUCGGCCUUUGUUUUCUCAUAAGCAUAUUUAGAUUGUAUACAUUUUACUUUUUCUGUAGGCCAGAGGAAAGUAUUUGUAAAUAUGUGUAAUGAUUUCUACCAAUUUUCUAUCAUUCAAUGGUGUCUCUAUCAA